CCUCGUGCUUCCAUUUCUGUUUGACUGAACCCUAAAGAAGGAAGAGAGAACAUGGCGAAAGAUCGGAAUAUUGGGGUGGCCUUGGACUUCUCGAAGGGAAGCAAACUUGCUCUGAAAUGGGCCAUUGAUAAUCUGUUCGACAACGGUGACACCCUCUAUGUCAUCCUCGUCAAGCACUCUCUAGGCGACGAGUCUCGCAAUCUCCUUUGGUCCGCCUCCGGUUCACCUCUGAUUCCAUUGGUGGAGUUUCGUGAGCAUCAGGUGAUCCAAAAGUACGAGAUAGACCAUGAUCCUGAAGUUUUGGGCUUGCUGGACACUGUUUCUAGGCAAAAACAGGUGUCGGUGGUCGCAAAGCUUUACUGGGGCGAUGCAAGAGACAAACUCUGUGAGGCUGUUGAAGAUUUAAAGCUUGACUGUCUGGUCUUGGGCAGCAGAGGCCUUGGCAGCAUCCAGAGGGUACUCCUGGGCAGUGUGACCAGCCAUGUUGUAGGCAAUGCGACUUGCCCUGUGACCGUCGUAAAGGAUUAAAGUGCUCAAGGCCUUUGAUUUGACGUACAUGAAGUUUGCUGAGGGGGUAUUUUAGUUGAAAUAAUGGUGAUGUGUCUCUGAUAGCCUUUGCCUGUUCAGGGGAAAAGCUCAUCUUAAUAAGGGGUUGUUGAACGAACAGUACCUGAACUUAGAGAUGUGAAAUUUCUGGGUUUUCAAUGUUUUUAUGCCUGCUUUCUGAUCCUUGUACCAGACAUUAUUAUUCAUGGUUAUAUGGCUUUGCAACGA